UGGGCGGGGUCGACGCUGCGAGCCGGAACUCGGCAACUGUAGGUCUCCCACCGCCUCAGCUCACUGCUUCGGCCGGCCGACUCCCUCAGGUGCAGGACAUGGCCACUUAUCACCCUUAUCAGCGACCAGGACACAUGCCACUGCCCAGAGCUGAUGCCAUUCGUUCGCGCCUUAUUGAUACUUUCUCUCUCAUUGAGCAUCUGCAAGGGAUAAGCCAAGCUGUGCCACGGCACACUAUCAAAGAGUUAGUUGAUCCUGCCCGUCAGAAGAAAGUUAUGAUGAGAGAUCAACAUCAACUUGUGCGCUUCUCCAUAAAGCCCCGUCAUGUAGAACGGAUUACACACAGUAAGAGAUUGCUGAGCAGACUCCAAGUGCGCUGCAAUGAGAGGCCACCUCUUUGCUUGUGGGCUGGAUGGGUCCUUGAGAGUUCUAUCUUCACAAACUUCAUCAUCUUCCUCAUCUUUUUGAAUACAGUCGUACUGAUGGUUGAAAUAGAAUUGCUCGAAUCCUCAAAUACUAAUCUGUGGCCACUGAAGCUGACUCUGGAGUUGGCAGCUUGGUUCAUCUUGCUUAUUUUCAUCUUGGAGAUCCUUCUUAUGUGGCUCUCCAACUUUUUCCACUUCUGGAAGAAUGCCUGGAAUCUCUUUGACUUUGUUAUCACCAUAUUGUCCCUGAUUCCAGAAGUUGUGGUGCUGGGAGGGGUAGAAGGUCAGUCUGUAUGGCUCAAGUUGCUGAGGAUCUGCCGGGUGCUAAGGUCUCUCAAACUCUUUGCACGGUUCCGUCAAAUUCGAGUCAUUAUUUUGGCCCUGGUCAGGGCCCUCAAGAGCAUGACCUUCCUCUGGCUGUUGCUGCUCAUCUUCUUCUAUGUUUUUGCCGUGGCUGGUGUCUACUUCUUCGAGAGUUACACUCGUUCACCUCGCCAGGACCUGCAAUACCAGAUGUUCUUCUCGUAGGCAGACCUGGGGGAAUUUUGGGUGGGGGGAGAGAAUUUGGGUGAAAGACGGGGAACCUAGUUCAAAUAAUAGUCAUACAAAAAGAUUUGUUUAUUGUAAGAAACUGGAAUAGAACACAGUAAGGAGAGGG